AUGCAUCGACUCCAGAACAGACUUCUACAGCUGCUUCUGCUUGCUUGCCUCACUCCUCGGCUCGCGGCAGCAUGGGGAGGUUGGGGAAGCGGCGAGGACUGCGACAACCCCUGGAACGGCACUGGCAGAGGAUGGUGGGGGAACAGAUGGAACGACGACGAUGACAAUGACGACAGUACCACGACUACUUCUGAUCCAACUCAAGCCGGUGUCAUCUCCUCGUCGACGGCGACAACGCUCAACAACGUUCUCAUCGCCCACGCCGUCCUGGCCUGUUUGGCCUGGGUCUUCUUCUUCCCCCUCGGGGCAAUCCUGCUACGACUGCCGGCCACAUCACCCGUCAUGCUCCGCGUCCAUGUGGCCUGCCAAUUGCUAACCUAUGUCGUGUACGUGGUCGCAGCAGGCCUGGGCGUCUGGCUGGUCCAGCAAGUCUCAACAGGAGGAUUUUCCGCCUGGUCAGAUCCACAUACGGGAAUCGGUGUUGCCAUCUUGGUCGUGGCCUUCUUCCAGCCUAUCUUCGGAUACAUCCACCACAAGAUCUUCAAGAAGAGGCAAGCCAGAAUGCGAGAACCCAGGGACGAAAAGGUGCCUGAGCAAGAACGAAAGAAAGCAAGACAAGGAACCUGGCCGGGCUUCAUGCACAAGUGGACAGGGAGAGCGCUCAUUACCCUGGGAAUCGUCAAUGGAGGUCUGGGAAUUCAUCUUGCUGCCGGAUCACCCUUUCAGUCCGACGAGACGACUCGGAGCGCGUCCAUUGGAUAUGCCAUUGGUGCGGGCCUAAUGUUCCUCCUUUACGUUCUGUCCGUUAUCGUGUUUGAACGUCGCAAUCGCCGGGCCGCCGAGAGCGAUGACCAAACUGAAACUGAGGACUGGGCUCCGCCAUCGUACACGGAGAGUCAGACACCGUCUUAUACCGAGAGUCAGGAAUCGGGGCGGAAUCCCCAGGGAACCACUUUCCGUUAA